AUGCCCAACCCCUGGGACUACACGUAUGCCUCGCCGCUCGCCGGCUUUGAAGAUGCGCCUCCGCUGUCCACCGACACAAACGACGACGGGAAGAGCCUCGUGAACCCUCCACGGGACGGACUGAGCGAGGCCUACCGCAGCUUCGCAUGGCCCUUGAAGACGGACCGCCGCGGUGGCUUUGACAUACACGUGUAUUACUUGCAGCAGAACCCGGAGCAAGCCAAGUACGCACGCGAGCUUUGGGAGCGCAUUCGACGCGAGUUCCCUGAGCUGAGAGUGUACAAAUUCUGGGAUCGCCCCAUCGGGCCUCACCCGGUGGCCAUGUUCGAGGUCAACGUCUUUACUCCCGCGCAGUUCGGGGCCUUUGUCGCAUGGCUCGCCAUUUGGCGCGGACCCUUGUCUGCACUUAUUCACCCCAACACUACUGUGCACCAAGGUGAGGCGGCCAACGAGGUCGAGUUGCGCGAUCACACGGAGCGCGCGAUUUGGAUGGGCGAGAGGUUGCCGCUGGAUUGGGCGCCCUUCAGACCUCAGUCGCACGAGUAA